UGCAUUUGAUUCACAUCGUCUAGCAGAUGUAUACGUGAAUUAGUGAGGUUAAAGAGUUUAUCUAAUUCGCUGGAGUGGUCGUCAUUAGUAAGUUAUUGUUAUUUGAGUUACCAUGUUAAUUGCGUUGUUACUGUUUACUGUUGCUAAUAAUAUCGUGGCAUGUUUAUAUUACAUAGUGGGCUAGUGUAAAAUGGAAGACAAUUUGGCAAGAAUAACGAGCGGUGAUGUUAUCUGUGACCGCCGGGGGUCGCUACAAGAACCGGAAGUACCAGUAGGGGGAUCUGUGAAAGGACAGAUGCACGACCACGUCGACUGAGAGGCUUAGUGUGAUGCACCCCGCUUUGUAACGAUAUACCUAUCACGUGCCCAUGAACUCCAUCUGCACGGUGGACGCCUCUCCGGCAUAUUCCCCUCUCUUGGCUGGCACUCUGUCACUAUUCUCCACGAGUGGCCAUCAGAUGAUGUGCACGAAUAAUAAAUAAUCGAUUCUCACGUGGACUGUGAGACACGUCAAUCGGUCAAUACAUUGCACUGCCCGUCAACACCAUCGCUGCAGCACGAGUCUUGAUAUUUUCACCAUCUCUCACUGUGAACCCUCCUCCCUCCCCCCUUCUGUACUCUCCCCAAUCUUUGCCCCCACCCUCCCCUAUCAGGAUCUCACCCGGCUAUGGCAACACACGCCUCUUCAAACGUCUCCUUGGUCAUGACCGACCUCAUCCUCAUGGUGACCCCAUUCCGAGAGCCUCCCAGCAUCAAGUUCGCGGCGUUCUUCUUCACCCUGGCCAUGUUCACCGCGGCCCUCGUGGGCAACUGCCUCCUGAGCCUCGUCAUCCUUCGAGAUCAUCAGCUGCACAAGGCAAUGUACGUGCUCAUGGCCGCGCUGUCGCUCACCGACAUCAUCUCGGCGCUCAGCAUCCUGCCCCGGUUCAUGCAGAACGUCGCGUCCUUCAACUACAUCAGCCUGCGCGAGUGCAUGGCACAGAUGUUCUUCCUGCACCUGGCCAUCAGAAUGCAGAGCUUCACCCUCACCAUCAUGUCCGUCGACCGCUACCUGGCCAUUGGCUACCCACUCAGGUACCACUCUCUCAUGUCCUGCCGCACGGCCUUCGUCGCCUUCAUGGCCACGAUGGCCUCGUGCGUUCUCAUGUGCCUGGGCAACUUCAGCGUCGUGGUCCCCCUCAACUACUGCAAGCCGCCGGUCAUCGUCGCUCCGUACUGCGACUACCUCGUGGUGCUGUUCUUGUCAUGCGGGGACGUGAGCGGUCCCGUGGCCUAUGCCCAAGCAACGCUGGUCAUCAUUAUGGUGCUUCCCGCGUGCACGAUAGUCCUCAUGUACGCGCUCAUCCUCUACGAGUGCCGCAAGCCAGGCCUCCGCAGCGGCCAGAGGAAAGCGCUCAAGACCUGCGGCACCCACUUCUUGGUGGUCUCCAUCUUCUUCUCCGCUAUUUUCUUCUCGUAUGCAAGCGGCUUCUCGUUCCUGGAUUCGCUCCCCAGGCCGCUGCACUACACCCUCCAGAUGGCGCAGUACGUGUUCCCGCCCGUGCUGAACCCCGUCAUCUACGGCCUCCGAACGGCAGAAAUUAGGCGCAGUUUCACCAGGCAGUUCCGUAGAAAGGUGGUGGGUGGACAUGCAGGGAGUUCGGGGAAUGCUGGGCACUGAACAAUGAGAGAUAUCGGGGUCCGAGAUAUUUAUGAAUCCGAAAAGCCAACCGGUGAUUGAACCCGGCUCUUAAAUGUCGCUAAGGCAAUAAUAGUCUCAGCUCUGUCACCAGUGACCGCGUGAAAAUCACAACGGCAUUGCAUUUGGUUCCGGCACCCAUUGCAUCACCAAACAACACCGGCCAAUUGUCUCGAAGCAAAGUUAAGCAAGCCCCAUAACUGACAUGGUGUCGAGAGGUCUUCAUCCAGUAAUGGAUUGACAAAUUAACUCUUAAUUCAAAAAAAUAUGAAAAGUACAAUAUUAACGAUUUUAAAUG